UUAGGUUAGCUAUGCUACAAUCUUUACUGUACCCAGCGCUAGCUAUAUGCGCCCCGCACCGCACCACUCUGGAUAUCUGGGAAUAAUCAACUUCCAGGCUGUCGCACCCUGCACCAAGAGACUACACACAGAUUCCACAGGAGAUUACCCAGAGUGCCGCUGGCCUGAGGAUCAUCCAGACGAGGGGAGAGACGAGAGGGAGAGAGAGAGGGACGAGGGGGACACGCCGUGAUUGGAGGAGGAGGUGGAGCCUCAGAAAGCACCUCGCCCCCUCAAGUGAAGCCCCUCCCCUUUGAGGAAGUGCACUCGAGCGCCGCUGCUGUCUGUGAUGCCCUCCCAUGACGCCCAGGUCGGUAGCUGACACUGCCGGUGAGCGGGAGACGCCACUGCACGACCGGUCCUGGGCCAGCGCCUUCAGCCGGUUCUCGCCCUCCCUCUCGCACGCUGGAAACUCCACCUCCACCCGCCUACCAGCAUCCACAGCCAUCAGCUCUGACCCGCCCCAGUGAAGUCCCCUCAAAAAGUGACACGCUGACGUCCUCGGCCAGCACCAGCAGCAGCAGCAGCAGCCAAAAACCACGGUAUCUUCAACGCAAUCAGCGACACCAGCACCACCACUAUCACCACCAGCAGCACCAGCCAUCAUGUCCAGUCGUAGAAAGUCCUCCACGCCCUGCAUGGUCCGGGUCAUCAGCGACCUGCCUGAAGAGCAAGAUGACCCCGAGGAAGUAAUGGACAUGGAAAUACAGGCAGACAACGAUUUGACAGAAAAAGAACAGUCAGAGUCAUUUGAAUCUGCAGAAAAGAGUCAAGACCCCCAGCAGGAGAAUCCAGAGAAUCCAGACCAGCAGACGUUUCCAAAACCAGUGGAAAACCAGAAUCCUGAGCCAUUAGAACAAGAGGAGCAGCUGGGGAAAGGAGACCAACCCCCUGUCAUUGAAGAUGUAGAAGCCAGAGAGGAGAAGGACAGGGAAGGGGCUGAAUCUGACCCAGCAUCCCAGAAAAAGCAGCCCAGAGGCUACGAGUGCAAAUACUGCCCGUUUUCAACGCAGAACCUGAAUGACUUUAAAGAGCACGUGGACUCCAGCCACCCUAACGUCAUUCUGAAUCCGUUGUACCUCUGUGCUGUUUGCAACUUCAACACCAAGAAGUUUGACUCGCUCACAGAGCACAACGAGAGCCACCACCCGGGCGAGACGAACUUCAAGUUCAAGAGGAUAAAAAUGAACAAUCAGACUAUCUUAGAGCAGACAAUCGAAGGCAAGGACAAUUCAGUUGAAUGCGACGUGACAAAUGAACAGGGUGAAAGCAACAGCAGUUCUGUAUUUCCACCUUGCAUAUCUACCACAGUGAAAACCCCAGAAAAUAUCCAGUCCCUCUAUCAAGGGAGCGACCUGAAAAGCCAGCUGGAUGGCCUGAUCCAGAAGGAUCAGAUCACAGCAGUGAACAUCAACGGAACGGUCAUCAUCCCUGAACCCACCAUCCUCCAAGGGCUCUCCCAUGUCACCCCGAUGCUCCAGCGCCCGCCCAACUUUAACUCUGUACCAAAAAUAGCUGUUCCCUUGAACACCACCAAAUAUAACCCUUCUUUAGAUGACAACUUGACGUUGAUCACCUCCUUUAACAAGUUUCCUUACCCGACACAUGCAGAGCUGUCCUGGCUGACGGCUGCCUCCAAACACCCGGAGGAACAGAUUAAAGUCUGGUUUACCACCCAGCGGCUGAAGCAAGGCAUAACCUGGUCCCCAGAGGAGGUGGAAGAAGCCAGGAAAAAGAUGUUCAAUGGCUGUAUCCCUCCUGCUCAUCAUACGUUCACCGUCCUGCCUACGAGCCCCAUCUCCCAGCCAUCUGUAAAAUCCUCCCAGCAGCCCCUUGUCCACACUACAGUCAGGCAUCCAAGUCAUGUACGCACAACUGCGUCCAAUGGGUUAAGUUUAGUCGCCACUACAAACUCUCCUGCUGGAAUUGCCACAGGCUCUAGCCUCACCCUUAAACGAACACACCUUACAACAGUGUUUGGCCCCGAAUCUAAGCGGCCAAUCAUGGCAGUUGCCCCCCAUUCUGGCGACCCUAAAGACAAGGUCCUUAUGGCGCCUCCUCCACCCCCUCCUCCCCAGAAAGACCGUCUCCCAAUGGCUCCACCUCCUGUUCCCAUGGAGAUGAAGAGACCUGUAGCAGUUCCUCUGGUCACCACAGAGAUGAAGAGGUCAUCCGCUACUGUGCCUUUAAUGCCACCGCCAUCAUCAUCACCAUCUUCCUUGUCCAAAGGGAAGAUUUCCUCUACGUUAGGAAACCCCAAAACAAAGCCGGUGGUGUCGCUGCACUCCAUAGUCUUUCCAGAGUCUUUAACGAGGCCAAUGAUAGCUCCUCCACCUAUCUUUGCCCCGCAAUAUAAAAGUACAUUACUUAUUCCUCUAGCUUCGUCCAUCACUUCCAAAGAAAAGCACCCGAAUACCCAUGCUAUGCCAGCUGCUGAUUUGAAGCUGCCAAAUUCCCCUCCACUUAUUACCCCACAGAUUAGGAGGCCAACCAUUAUCCAGUCCAUUCGCGCUCCAGCCAAAGCCUCCUCCCAGAUUCCAGGGUUCCCCUUGGAUAGCAAGAAGCUAAAAGAGCAGCAGGGAGUGGAGCUGAAAGCCAGCUACCUCAGAGGAGACAAGGUACUCACUCCUCUGGCAGAGGCCAAUGGGACAUCUCGCACAGACGGCAAAUGGCCCCACGAUCAAACCCUCGCUCACAACAAUGGAGUCAAACAUUUGGAUGGUAUUGAGUUGCCAGCAGCACCAAAACUAGACUUUCAGCAGAAGUCCUCGGUGCUGACCCAAUUCCCCUUGCUGGAAAGGAUGAAAGGAAAGACAGCUGAACAGCUGAAGAUCUUGGAGGAGAACUUCCUGAGGAACAGCUUUCCCACACAAAGCGAGGUGGACAAUCUGGCGGGCACCACCCGCCUGUCUCACCAGGAAAUCGACAGCUGGUUUGUGGAGCGCCGUGCACUACGCGAUAACCUGGAACAAGCCCUUCUCAACUCCAUGGGUACUAAGAGAAUGGGCCCCGGUGGCAUCACUGCUAUCACUAAGAAAGGACUAAAUCAACAGCAACACCAAACUCUACAGCUGAAUGGGAUUCACAAGCCAAGCACCGGCAUGGGGCACCUUAAAAGCCCUCUUCCACCCUCGCACGCCAUGCCCAUCAUUGCUCCUGGCACCGUUGCCUCCUCCAUCCCCCACCCGAAUUCCUGCUCAGUGCCUCCUGAUAGCCGAUCCCUGGCACUCCUCAAGGACGAUUUUGCUCAAACGCGGUGGCCUUCCCCUGAGGAGUUCAGCCAGCUGGAGGGUCGGACAGGACUGGCUCGCGCCGACCUCACCCGCUGGUUCAAUGACAGCCGGCUGCAGAGCGGCAGCAUGGAGCUGACGGAACUUUUUCACAACAAUGGAGUGAAUGGAGGGCAGGGGCCGCCCGUGUGCUCUCCUGAAAACGCUCCCCCCAGCAUCAUCCGGCACUGUCAGGAAGGAGUCCUGACAAACAACAGCAACAGUAAGGUGCUGGAGGUUGAGCUGGGCUGGCUAAUGGAGCAGCGCGCUAACAGUCUCACCAGUCAACAGCACGAUGAGCUCCAAGAUGGUUUUGCUGGCAGACUGAGGCAGCAGAACGCGGCGGAGCUGAAGAACGGGGGGCAGAACGGGGGAGUCGUGGGAGCGGCGCGGGAGGUGUUCGGGAGCUGGCUGCAGGAUGGACAGUCGAGGAGAGGACGGGAGCUGCUCCUGGACAGAGAGAGGAAGAUGGCGGAGGACGCGUCCGGGAGGCUGACUGGAUAAACGGUGCGAAUAGGAUUUGCCGCCGCUGCUGCUGGAAACAUACAGGAGGAAGGAAAACGAGGUGGAAGGAGAAAGGAGCAACAAAAGAAGAGUUUUUUUAAUCAUCAGAUAAUGUAUUUUUAUUUUCUUUUAUUUUUUAUCGAUUUUUAUCGCUUGAUUGUCGCAUCCCAGAUCACGCACAACAUCCUCCGCCGUCAAGCCGGAGGCGACGCCGUCGGCGUCUCCACCUGAAGUGACCCCUCCACAGGUGUGACCCUCACAAUGAAGAGAUGAGUUGACGCACUUUCUCCGCGCUGCUUUUACUUUGGCGAGGCGUAAACGCGCUUCCAAAUUAAAAUCAGUGCGAGGAGAAAUUCAGGGUCAGGCUCGUGAAGAUAAUUCAAAUCGUCCUCCCUCACAGUGAAUCUCGCUUCUUUCCUCUCAUUUCUCACAGUAAUGUCAGUUUUAAUAGUAUUACGAUCCAAAACAGAAGCAAAUCUCCAGCUAGUCUACGCAGAGACAAACACCAUCAGAGAUACGGCUUGUAGCCGCGGAGACGCCGUCAUGGUUAAUGAUCAAAGGUACGACAGAGUUCCUUUUAAGGUGGAAUUUGGCUUUUCAUCAGUAGGACGUAGAUCAUGAUGUCACAGGAAGUAGGAUCGACCUUCAGCCAAUCAGAAAGCAGUUUUUGAAUAAUGCAACAGUUUCAUCAGAGCCGUUUGUGCAGAUCUGGGGACAGUUUCUUACUCAUAACAUUUUAUCAUGAAAAUAAGAGCGUACCGCCCCUUUAACAACCACCCCUUUAAGUUUGUUUAUGAACAUUGGGUCCUGAGCUUUUCCUCCUGGUCCGCUGUGUCUCAGUCUCAUACGUCAUCCUGGUACUUCAAUGCAGCAAACAUACCCUUUUUAUUCCAUGCAUUCUUCUACCUGACGCCUACCCACAAUGCAGUGUGACCUCCGCCAGUUAGAGUCUGAGUUUCUGGUGUGUUAUGCUAGUAGCUGCUAACGUAGCGUGGAACCUGCAGACCUCUGGUCAGCUCACUUCUCUGAUGUGUUUCAGUUUCAAACUUGUAGUCGUGACUCAGGUGACAUCACUCGAGGACGUUCGUCAGACCUCACGCUGCUGCCUCUGCAGACGCUAAAGGCUUUACGCUGCUUUAAAACAGCUGCUGUAGUGCUUCCCAACACGUGGACACGCAGGCGGAGGUGAAGUUCCCUGAUAAUUGAAAUGGAGCUCAAAGUGCAAAAUUUAAAUACAGAGUCAGUGUGCACAACACGUCCUGAAAAUCAUUACAGCUGCUGAGCUCACAUGUGAUGGAAACCACGUGACUCGGAAAGUUUCAAGUUCGAAAACUUUCUAAAAUGUUGUUGGAAUCUCGUUUUUUAAGGAUUUCUCCACAUUGCUGAAAUCGUUUCUCGUGACAGAAGCGCCUCUGUUUCUGUGCCGUGUUGCAUUGUGGGGUGAUUGUGUCCUUGAACGCCAGAGUCAAAACUGACCAAUUUGGCAUGCCGGAAUUUUAAAUUAACUUCCUACGUUAUUUUUCCAAUGGGAAUAUGUGAAAUAAUCAAGAAUGAGUAAAACUUAGUGUGUAGUAUGAAACUGGGACACAGUGUUGGUUAGUAAUCAGUCACAGGGCAGCCUGUACGAGUGGUUAAUAGACUAAAUUCCUCAAAUUUAACCUUCAUCUAAUCACUUUUAGAUAUUGAACAUUCUCUGUCAUACAGAAGCCUUCGUUAAUCAUCCCUUUAAGAGGAGGCUUGAUUAGAAUCUAAGUGUGUUUCUGUCCUCCUGCUUUUAUGCACAUUUUCAGAUUGAGCACAAACAAACCUGCGAGAAGAAAAGUGAAAUUAUUGUAUGCAUCCAUAAAUGAUGAUGUGGAUGAAGCACGUAGCUUUAACUUCCUGUGAAGAGCUGAAAACAUCAGGUCUGCGUGAAGCGAUGAGGAGGAGGCUGUAGCCUUCCUCCAUCGUGUUUGACUGCAGCAACAGUUUGACGACACAAGCUGGAGAUUUCAUCCUCCAUCCACAAAUCAUCGGUUCAGGGCUUGGUUCCUGAACCGUAGUGAUCCAAACAGUCUGAACUUUCCCUGAAAGAAGAAGUGAGAUUCAUAACCGGCCCUGAACUUUUCCUUUAAGUCGCUCUGAAGCAAGCAGCGUCCGUAUCGUCUGCUGCGGGGGGGUUAGCAGGUUGUGACGGACGGAUGUUUGUGUCCGAGGUGAUGUUGUGCGUGACCUGCCUUGCCGUGGAGACGGGAGGAGGAGGAGGGUGAACCGGAGCACUGAAUGUGUGCCUGCAGCAGCAGUCUGACUGUACACAGCGAGCGAUCGACCGACAGACAGGGUGGAUUUCAAACAAACAAACAAACACGAAAAAACAACAACAAACAAAAACGCCGAGUGCCAAAGCUGGGAUCUGCUGCAUUCUCACUACACUUUUAAAAAAAGGGUUCUUCUUCUUCUUGUUGUAAAUAGGAUAUAUAUGUUUGUUUGUUUUGUUUUUUCCUGUAUUGCUACAGAUUUGUAAAAUUUUGCGGAAAAAAAUUUUGUUACAUUUUGUAAAAUGGGAGCAAUUCGUCCCCCCCCCCCCGACGCCCUCCUUGUUUUUUGUUUUUAGGCCCCCUCUCUCUCAGUUUCUCUCGGCGC